AUGGCUCCUGAUUCGAUCCCCAACGCCUCUGUCGCCGUGGCCUCGCCGAACUCCAAGGACUCUUCGAAGAAGAAGAAGAAGAGAGGUAACAGAUCGGUGAAGUUGAAGCAGUGCAAGCUUGAUGUUCGUAGGGAUCAGUGGCUUUAUCAAGUGAACAAUAAGGAUGGAUGCAAGGAGGAUCAUAAUAGUGGCUGUGUAUCGAAACCGGUGGUAAAGCCAACCGAAGAGGAUGUUUUUAGUGAUUCCAAUUCAUGGCUUUCGAAGAGCCCAAUCAGCCCAGUGAGCAGCUUAUUGGGAAUAAAUGAUUCGGGCGUUAAUAUUACUGCAAGUAGCAGAAGUAGUAUCGGUAGUUGCAGCAUGAAUGAAGAAGAAAAUGACUAUGAUGAUGAAAAUGAAGAUGAUGGUGAUUGUUUCGACGAUUGGGAGUCUAUGGCCGAUGCUUUAGCUGCCGAAGAAAACAAUCUGCAGAGAAAUAGGCCAAACGAGCCGUUAUAUUCGGAGAGUGUAUUGGCCCGAGAUGGAUUGAUGGAUGAGGGAUCGGACCCAAUAUCUUGCCCGAUUUGCGCUGAGGAUUUAGAUUCUACAGAUUCGAGAUUUUUCCCAUGCUUGUGUGGAUUUAGGCUGUGCCUUUUCUGUCACAAGAGGAUUCUUGAAGGAGACGGGCGUUGUCCGGGCUGUAGAAAGGAUUACGAUUGUGGCCCGGUUGAAGGAGAAGCUAUAGUGAAUGAAGGAAGCUGGACAUUCAAACUGGCCCGUUCUCGUUCGUGUAGCACGAUGAAAAGGUCUUAG